GCGCCAGACGUCAGUCAAUACAAAUAAACAAAUUAACUUGCAAGUGACAUCAAUCGAGUUUUCGAAUAUUAGUUAUUGGAGGUUGUUUCCUUCUAGGAACAACCGAGGUUGUCUCCGUAGAAACAUAUGAUGACUUGAUUAAAAUUACAGAAGUUCAUGGUUAAAUUUGUUUUGUUUAAUGAAAAUAUGCCACGAAUGUAGUUGAGUUUAAUAUAAAAACUUUUAAAAGUGCAAUAAUUGUGUAUAAUAUUUUGGUGAUUGUUGAUUCUUUAAUAUGCAAUAGAUAAUUUAUUAUAAUUUAAGUCUUACUAACUGUUCAUAUUUAUCAUAACCAUGGCUAUGUCAAAUUUAUACUCCAAAAUCUCAACGAAACCAGUGAAGAGGGCCCAGCAGGAAAAGGAAACUUUGCCAAUGAACCAAACAAAUACUUGGCUGAAUGCUGAAACCCUUUUUAAUGGGCCCCUUAGCCAUUCCCCUCCUCAAAUGGUGUCUCAGAGGGAAGGCAUGCAAGUUAUUCAGCCAAACAGUUCUCCCGGAUCACCAUUUUCGAGUCCAUGUGUGUCACCAGUCAAUCCUUCAGGUACCCUGGACUCCAAUUGGCAAGCCAUAAAGCCAACUGUGAGAGAAAGAAAUGCGGCGAUGUUCAACAAUGAACUUAUGUCUGAUGUGAAGUUCGUUGUUGGAACACCGAAUAACACUCAAGUUGUCCCUGCACAUAAAUAUGUAUUGGCUACAGGGAGCUCUGUAUUUUAUGCCAUGUUCUAUGGUAGUUUAGCCGAAUGUAAGGAAGAAAUAGAAGUACCUGAUGUUGAACCAUCAGCUUUUUUGACUCUACUAAAAUACUUGUAUUGUGAUGAAAUUCAAUUGGAGGCUGAUAAUGUCCUUGCCACAUUAUAUGUAGCGAAAAAAUAUAUAGUCCCCUAUUUAGCUCGAGCCUGUGUAAAUUUUUUAGAGACCAGCCUUACAGCAAAAAAUGCAUGUCUUCUCUUGAGCCAAUCACGCCUUUUUGAGGAACCUGAGCUGAUGCAACGCUGUUGGGAGGUGAUAGAUGCUCAGGCAGAAAUAGCACUCAAGUCAGAAGGAUUCACAGAAAUUGACAGAUCUACAUUAGAAUCAGUUUUGGCCAGAGAAACCCUCAACUGCAAAGAAAUGAAUUUAUUAGAGGCUACGCUAAACUGGGCAGGUGCUGAAUGUGCACGUCAAGAUAUUCCAUCGACUCCCCAAAAUAAGAGAAAAGUACUAGGGAACUCACUUUAUCUCAUCAGGAUUCCUACAAUGCCAUUAGAAGAAUUUGCGAAUGGAGCUGCACAGAAAGAAAUACUUACUCAACAGGAGACAAUUGAUAUAUUUUUUCAUUUCACAGCUAACUAUAAACCUACUCUUCAAUUCCCAACAAAGCCCAGAGCCGGUUUGAAAUCUCAAGUAUGUCAUAGAUUCCAAUCGUGUGCGUACAGAUCAAAUCAGUGGCGAUAUAGAGGUCGCUGCGAUAGCAUUCAAUUCUCAGUCGAUAGGCGAAUUUUUGUGGUUGGUUUUGGGCUCUACGGAUCCUCGAAUGGUGCAGCUGACUAUAUGGUCAAAAUUGAGCUUAAGCGACUUGGACGGGUUCUUGCAGAAAAUAACACCACAUUCUUUUCGGAUGGCUCAAGCAAUACCUUUCAUGUUUAUUUUGAGAACCCAAUACAAAUCGAACCAGAAUCUUUUUAUACUGCCUCUGUAAUAUUGGAUGGUAAUGAAUUGAGCUAUUUCGGUCAAGAAGGUAUGAGUGAAGUUACUGUGGGUCAAGUGACAUUUCAGUUUCAAUGUUCAUCUGAGAGUACGAAUGGUACUGGAGUGCAAGGUGGACAGAUACCUGAAUUGAUAUUCUAUGGACCUAAUUAUGAAGAUUUGUAAUUAUUAUUUAUAUGCUGAAAUUUGUUUAUAAUAUUCCCUUGAUAUGUUUUAUACUUGCUUGACUUUAUUCUUGUAGUAUUAACUUGAAACGGUUUAAUGAUGGUGAUACAUUUGAAAACGAUGAAAAUAAUAAUUAUUAUUUAGAUACCAAUAUUUUUUUCACAUUUAUGGAUUUUACUUCCCAAUGAGCACUAGAAGCCUCCAUAUUUAAGCAUAAUACUAAUUGAAAUUCAUGACCAUUCAAUUAUUAGAGUAUACAAUAAUAUAAGAGUCUAUUGCAGGUUAGCUAUCCGAACUAGUCUUUAAUCAAGAUUAAAAUUUAUAUAAUAAUUUAUGAAUUGGGGAAUAUAUUUCUGCCAGGUUGUCUAUCGAAACAUUUAUUCAAAGUAUUUUCAAUUAAAAUAAUAGCAAUUAAGUAUUUUGAAAAAUUUUAUCUCUUUUUUCAAAUAGUAUAUAAUCUACUGAACAAAUUGGAAAUUUAUGUUUGCCGUAGUUCAGGUGUAGACAAGUAUUCAUUUUUUACAUUUACUUGUUCAAAAGGAAGAAGAGUUAAUGGAUUUUAUUUUUGAUAGAAUACCUUUGCCUAUGUUAAAGUCCCCGCACAUGGGUUGCUAGUUUUUAAUAAGAUUAGAGUAGUAGUGAGUUAUCACCCAUUCUAAUUGAGAAUUGAAAUAUUCAAAUUGUUAGUAAUAGCAAUCAACUUGAGUCUUUUCAUCUUUUAUAUUAUCUUAGGUUCAAUCUAAUUGAGCUCGCCAGGUUAAGUUUGAAGGCUGGGGUAAUAGGCGAAGAAAGAUUGAAUAUAUCGCAGUUAGAAUUUCAUAUGCAACGAUAGGAGGAUAUUAUUCAAAAAUUUAUUGCUCUAAACUUAUUGGAUAUGCAAAUGUAAUAAACUUAGAUAUUUAUUCUGUUAA